UCCCUAUGGUUGCCGUUUAGUAUGAGUGCUAUCCCUCAUAUCUUGCCCGGUGUUUAUCUCUACACACUUUGAACCUCCCGCGCAUCUCUCCUUCUUUUCCGCUCGUCAUUUGGGUCGCUCUGGCUCUUUGUUGUCUUUCUCACUGCCAUCUGGCCUCGCUGGGCAUCACCUGGCUGUAUCCUCUUCGCUGCGGCCUGAAAAACGCCAACAGUCCGACAAGUCCGCCGACACCACCAGACCGCCAUCGAGCCCCGAUCCAGAAUGCCUUCCCGCACGCUGCCAACCUUCACUCCAGCCGAGGUUGAGUCGCAUAAUACCAGCAAAUCCUGCUACGUUACCAUCGGCCAAAACGUUUACGAUGUGACCGACUUUCUCGAGUCCCACCCGGGAGGCGCGGAUCUGGUCCUCGAGUACGGCGGCAAGGACGUCGCAGCCAUUCUCAAGGACGAGGACUCGCAUCGCCACUCGGAUGCCGCCUACGAGAUCCUUGAAGAGUCGCUCGUCGGCUUCGUCGCAUCGACAAAGAAGACCAACGGGUCGGCAGCGAACGGAAAGGCUAAUGGCAAAGCCAACGGCGCCGCCACUGGCGUCGAGCCCGAGCUCUUUGACGCAAAGGGCCGGGCGGUUCACCCGCGCACGGGCAUGUCUUGCGAGGAGGACCUGAACAAGGAGACGGACUUGACCGACGACUACAAGAAGCACAAGUUUCUGGAUCUCAGCAAGCCACUGUUGCUUCAGGUUUUCUUUGGCGGAUUCAGCAAAGAUUUUUACCUGGACCAGGUGCACAGGCCACGGCAUUACAAGGGCGGAGCUUCGGCGCCCAUCUUUGGCAACUUCCUCGAACCCCUCAGUCUGACGCCCUGGUGGCUCGUGCCGACGGUGUGGUUGCCGCCCGUCUGCUAUGGUCUUUACCUUGCCAACCCCGGCUUCGAGAAUGGGAUGUCCCAGGUUGCACUCUUCCUAACUGGCCUCGGCCUGUGGACUAUUAUCGAAUACGUGCUUCACCGGUUCCUGUUCCAUCUUGACGGCUACCUCCCUGACAACCGCUUCGCCAUCACAGCGCAUUUUCUUCUCCACGGCGUGCAUCACUACCUCCCGAUGGACAAGUACCGACUAGUGAUGCCCCCGGCGCUCUUUUCGGUGCUGGCAACCCCGUUCUGGAAGCUGGCGCAUGCCCUGUUUCCAGCCUGGCAUGUCGCCACAACCAUCUUUUGUGGUGGCAUCCUCGGCUACAUCUGCUACGAUCUCACGCACUACUUUCUCCACUUCCGCAAUCUGCCUCUGUGGUACAAGGGGCUCAAGAAGUACCACCUCGAGCACCACUUCCUCGACUACGAGAACGGCUUCGGUGUCACCAGCCGCUUCUGGGACCGCGUGUUCGGUACCGAGAUCGUGCCGCUGGUCAAGACCAAGUAGCCAACUUCUCCUGGGCUUCUCCUGCUUCAAGUCUCGCAGGCCUCUAUUCACUUGAUCUAGAGCGUGUCACUGAAGGUGAUCGGGGGUGGCGCUUGUCUUGCAUGCUCAUGUGUCUGGGCGGGGUGGUGUUCUUGGUCAUCAUGAACGGGUUAAGUAGCGUGGGACUCCUAUAGCACUGGACCAAGGUGCGGACCGCCUCUGGUAGCUAAUAAUUGUAAUACUCUAUGCCUUGGUUAGGCGGCGUUUGGAUGAUAUCAAAUAGAGACAGCUAGAACUCCCCUCUCUUGUGAGGAUUCUGUUGCGACGGACGGAAUGGAUACCACGACAUGUGCCUUUACGCCUCUAAGCUGCAAAUAUUUGUGCACCCAGUCCUGCACGGUGGUUUCUGG